AUGAAAGAGCCGUGCUUUCGGUGCAAACGACCAACUUAUUUCAAUGACAAGGUAAAUUCAAAUCUUUUUCAACAAAGAAUCUUUUUCGUAGAAUCUUUUUCCCAGAUUUUGAGAGGAAAAAAUAAUUUCUGAUCUUAGGAACUCUUCCUAUUUAUAAAAUGAGUGAAGAAAAGAGGAAACGGGUAGAAAAAUCGAUAACUUUCAAGAGGAAUGCAAAGAAAGGAUAAGUGCGAAGGAGCGGAUAGUUCAGAGGAAAAAAAGGGGAUUUUUCGAGAUUUUUGAACUUUCAUAUAGUUGAUCUAGCACUGCAGAUAUUUUGAAGAAGCUUUUAUUUUUUUGAAAAUUCAAGAACUAGAAAAAAAUUCUUCCAUUUGGGACAUUUUUCAAAAGCUCAUAGACAUGAGCGACCGCGCGCAAGUCGUUUCAUGGUCGGUUGCAGUUGAAAAACGCAUUUUAAUCAUUUUACAUGCACUUAAACUAGUUGUUUUUCUCGGAAAAAAACUGAAAAAAACUGUUUUGGAGCUUUGAUACGUCACUUCUCUGCUUCAGUCCGAUAUCAAAUAAUAAAUCCGGUUUUUUAUUUUGUUUGUUGGCAAUUGCACAAAAAUUGAUAACAGGCAGAACAAAAAAAAAUACGAGAAUUGAUACGACUCAAAGUUUAAAAUUUUUAUGCCGGCCUGCGUAAGCCGUUUUAAUGUCGGUUGAAAGUUUAUACAGUGACCGCUUGACUUUGAGCCAUUCUCAAUGCGACCAGAGUCUUUCAAUUUGACCUUUUUUGAUCGAAUAAAAGCUAGGUCCAGUCUGAAAUUUAAUAACUCGAGUUAUAACUGAUACAACUUGGCGAGUUCUGCAGAUCGGACCACUGAAGGACGGUUCCCUGUUCCACAAGGGCUGCUUCAAGUGCUGGAUCUGCGGCACGCGACUUUCACUCAAGACCUACCACAACAACCGCAACGACAACACUGAUCUCGAGGUUCGCAAAAGUGACAACAACUUAUUUUCAUCUUGAAACGGUGAAGAAGUGGAUAUGAGUCGAGUUGGAGAGGUUCUGGAGUGAGGAAAAAUGAACAGGGCAAUUUUUGGAAAUGAAAACCGUUGGACUCGGGCGAAAGGAAAAGCUCCUCAAAAAAUUUUUUUCAAUUUUGCGCUUCAAAACCCCGUGAGACUAUGGAAAUGGUGCUCAAAAGUCUUUUAAAGGAACCUUCUCAACUCCAUCAGAGGGUCCUCAAACGAAACGAAAAAAAAACAACCAAGACAGAAUUUAAGAAUUUUUCAAUUCAGGAGAGCUUUCAAAUGAACCCAUUCCAUAUUGAAAUUUUAGAAAAAAAGUUGAAAAGCUGGGAAAAAAUCAAUAAAUGAGUUGAAACUUGCGUGUUACUGAACUUAGGAACUCCAGAGUGGUCCCUAUAGGGGCUGUUUUCCUCUAAUCCCUAUAGGGACCACUUUGGAAUUCCUGAGAUCUCUGAAAGUUUCCGGCGUUUUUUCCUUUUUUUUUCUUAAUUUUUUGACAUUCAAACUCUGAACAGACUAUAUACAUACUUUUUUCUAACAGAAGGAUUUUCAGGUAUACUGCGCGGGACACGUCCCAACACCCGGACCCCACGACCCGAUCCCACACAGAUCCAAUUUGCUGUUCUCUCCCAAAACCAAGGGAGAAUAUCCGCACAAUCUGAUGCGACCAGCCGGACCCACCUAA